UGCCCGUGAGCUCUCGUGCGAGAAGGGUGUGUCGCUUCUUCCCACUUUGGCGCGAAUUUUAAAUUAAAUAUCUCGUCAACGUAUUUAAUUUUGGAUUUUUGUAUUGAGUGGAUUAUGUUGUUGUGACUUUAUUGUGCUGAUAUGGGAAGUGUUAGUUCCAUGUUAUGAAACGAAUCAUCUCCGGUAAUCUUGAACUGCGAAAGACUUGAAAUUAAACUGAAGAUGUGGCAGUGAUCUGCAUGAUGGAUGCCCUCGCCGUGGUGACGUCAUUGAUCGGACUCAUUUUUUUGUAUCCAGGUCCGGUGGAGAGUGGCAUGAGUGAUGACUAUGUGGGCAGUGGAGAGGCACCUUACAUUGUGGAACAGCCUUUAGAUGUCACCGUGGCUCGACACCAGCCAGCGACGCUAAACUGUCGCGCCGGAGGGUCGCCGACUCCUACCAUCAGAUGGUACAAAGGCGGAGUGUUAGUAGUGUCUGACACUCAUAGAAGUAUAUUGCCGGCUGGUGGCUUAUUCUUCCUGAGAGCGACUCAUGGGAGAGCACACUCGGAUGCCGGUGUCUAUUGGUGCGAAGCGACCAAUCCUUACGGCACUGCGAGGAGUAGGAACGCGACUUUGCAUGUUGCUGUUCUACGCGAAGAUUUCCGAUUAGAACCAGUAUCAACCCAAUCAGCACAAGGCGACACUGUGAUACUAGAAUGUUCUCCGCCAAGAGGGUCGCCAGAACCAAACGUCUAUUGGAAGAAGAACGCACAAAUUUUACACUUCGAUGGCGAUUCCAGAAUGCAUUUAGUAGACGGCGGCAAUCUAGUAAUACAAGACGCCAGGCAAACCGACGCCGGUAGAUACCAAUGCAUCGCGAGGAAUGCGGCGGGUACCAGGGAAUCGGCUGUUGCAACGCUCAAAAUACACAUUAAGCCGUACUUAAUCAUGGGACCAGAGGACGUUGUGGCGCAGACGGGCGGGAGCGUGACGUUCCAAUGCCGGGUGGGUGGGGACCCCCUCCCUGACGUGAUGUGGCGGAGGACCGCUGGAGGUGGAAACAUGCCACUCGGCCGCGUCAAAGUCUUAGAUGACAGAAGCCUCAGACUCGAUAACGUCAUUUUGGGAGAUGAAGGCGAAUACUCGUGCGAAGCCGAAAAUUCUGUAGGCGCUGUCAGUGCUAGUGGAUAUUUAACAGUUUACGAUCCACCGUCGAUAACGCUACGACCAGUUUCAGUAAACGUAGAAAGUGGGAACUUAGCGACAUUAACAUGCACAGCGAGCGGUCGACCAGAGCCGACAAUGUUCUGGAGUAUAGAAGGAAAUAGAUCAAUAAUUUUCCCUGGGACGUCACGUGGCAAAUACUACGCUUCUGUAGUACUUGAUGGAGUCACUGUACUAACAAUCAACGACACCAACAAAAACGAUAGUGGAAAUACGAUAGUUUGUUCAGCGGUAAACUACGCUGGCAGUUCGUUUGUCAGAGGGAAACUAACCGUAACAUCGGACGAUGACCGCCCACCGCCAAUCAUAACAAACGGGCCCUCUAACCAAACGUUACCUAUAAAAUCGAUGGCAGUUUUUCCGUGUACAGCCGUCGGCACACCUGAACCAAUCAUAGCUUGGUACUUCGAAGGGGAAGCGUUAAUACAAAACCAGAGAAGGAACGUCACUAACGACGGCACCUUAAUAUUAAAGGAUUUAGACAAAAACGACAGCGGCACCUAUACAUGUGUUGCUUCAUCACGCCACGGUAAAUACGUGUGGAGCGGAGUCUUACUUGUAGAUAGCCCGAUAAAUCCAAACAUACACUUUUUUCGAGCAGCAGACACCUCUGCUCUGCCCGGACCUCCAACAAAACCGCUGAUAUACAAUAUCACAGAAACAAGUGUGACAAUAACGUGGAAUCAAAACAAUAAGAUUGGCUCGUCGUCGGUAAUUGGAUAUCAGGUUGAAGUGUUUUCUAGAGAAACACUUUCAGGAAAUAAUACGCCGAGGAAUUCUCGAGGAUGGGUGGUUCUUGCUAAACGAAUACCACAAACUUAUUUCGUAGUGAAAUCUCUUAUUCCUGGUAUUGCUUACAUGUUUAUUGUGAGGACGGAAAACUCUCACGGAUUGUCGGGGCCUAGUUUGGUGUCAGAUGCUGUGGUGGUUGGAGACGAUACGAAUUCCCUUUGGGAAAGUGGCGUGUUCUCUAAUAAUACAGAAUUCAGAAACAAUAUACUCACAGACAAUAUUAUAGAACUUAUAGAAGCCACACCUAUCGACUCUAAAACUAUAAAGCUUAUGUGGGAAAUUGUAAAUUUUUACUACCUCGAAGGACUUUUCAUAUACUUCAGACCGCUUGACAACACCACCACGGAGUACGAUAUGAAAACUAUUUUGCAUUCCAACGACGUCUCCGGGUAUGAAAUAACGUCUUUGAAAAAAUAUACAAAGUACGAAUUUUUCCUUAUACCCUUCUACAAAAAGUUCGAAGGAAAGCCAUCGAAUUCCAGAAUCGCUCAAACAUUGGACGACGUACCGGAUGGUCCGCCGAUGAACAUUGAAAUGUUCAUAUUAAAUACCACAACUGUGCAUUUGAAAUGGUCCCCUCCAGAAACGCAUUUACAAAAUGGAAUUAUAACUGGCUAUAAUGUUGUGGUAAAUUGGUUGGAUAUACCGGCAAAUAAAUCAAUGAUAGCAAUAAACACAACUGUUCACCAAGCGACCAGCCUUAUUAUGACUAAUUUGACUUCUGGCAUCAGCUACUCCGUUCAGAUAGCUGCCGAGACGAUUGUUGGCUUGGGUCCAUUUAGUCAAAAAGUUUACUUGAAUAUCGAUUCUCGCUCUGUGGGUUUGGAUCCAUUAUCGCGAUAUCCUAUAAACGGGGAAGUAUCCAUAGUGGCGGGGGACUUCGUAAUGGAAACAUGGUUUUACUUUUUGAUUGGAGCGAUUGUUCUGUUCAAAGUAAUUGUGAUUGGCGGCAUUAUUUAUGUGCGAAAGCAUAAUAUUUUCGCUAAAAAGUCGGCGCUACCGAAUAUUUAUGAUUCCAAUGGUACAAGUUUAGUAACUCAAAUGAACAUAAAAGCGGCGGUGUCGCUGUCACAUCCACUGAGCAGUUGUUACAAUAAAAAUACUGUGACAAAGACUGAGUCAUUGCUUUGGAUGGAAAAUCAACCUGGAGUAUGCAUGUCUGGAACUCAAACUCAAAGCAAAGAGAAAACAAAUUCCGAAUACGACAAAGUGGCUCAGCAAUUACCGGAGUACGCGGAAGUGACAUCCGCGCGAGCUAAUGCCGUGGAUUGGAAUACAAGUAAAACUGCAAGUUCGCCAGCCGCGUAUGCGUCGGUCACAUUGGUAGCUAAUACCAGGCAAUGUGUGAGUUCAUUGGGAUGGUUCCCACCGAGCGGAAAGAACGUUGAUUCCUUUGACAAUCGGUACGCUCCAGACGAGGAAAUGUAUCCAGCUAGUAACGGCGGAUACUACAAUCGAAACGUUUAUAGUGAGAAAUAUUUCCAAGGCCAUCCAAACGUGCUCAAAUUUUACGACCUGCCGUCUUUAGACAAGACGCAAAAGGCUCAACUGAGAUACAACCAGAGUUUAGAAGAGAGGAAAGUAGACAAGAACGUAAAGGCUGACGCAACGCAGUCAUUAAUAGGUCGCACAUACGGAAUAAGUUCGCGUAAAAAUUCUGAAUCGGAGACGACGUAUAGAGCAUUUGGCGAAGAUGAAUCAGACGACGAAAACUAUACCGAGGAUGGAGGUUAUGACGAAUUGCAAGCGAUGCAGCCGCAAAGGCAUAGACCUCAGCACCAAUACGAGCGUCCGAACUUCGACAAUGAUGGGACACGUACGCUUGCUCGCCUCACGUCCUUCAGACAUGGUCAGGGGGUGAUCACCACUGCCUCGAAGCCGUCCCACGCGCCCGCCCAGCCGCCCCCCGCGCCGCACCCCAGGGUGGACUCAGUGACCCGGUAGUAUCAUGCCUUGCCGAUUUUCGGCGAAUUGUGCCAAACGGACGUAUAGACCGUAAUAGUGUAGUGAUGUCACUAAUCGCAGUUCUUCCUCACGUUGUACAGUUAUCGAUGUAUACUCGUGUAAAGAACAAUAAAGACGUGUAACGAA